AUGUUUUGGAGCCAUGCAGUGCAUGUCCUGGAACGACCCACGACUUUCAUGGCCCCAGGGACAACCAAGAGUUAGCUUACCUUCAUCUGUGAUCUGGUUACCAGAUAUUGUUAUGUUAGGACAGAAAUUAAGGCACGAUUUUGGAGCAAAAGCGAUAGUUAUGAAAAACGGAGACGUGACGUAUUGUCCACAGGGAGUAAUCAGGUCCACAAACUGUAAAGAAAAGUUCGGCUCAGUUUGGGAAUGCAACUUCAAGUUCCUAUCAUGGUCUUACAAUAAAGUCAUGUUGGACAUUCACUUCCCAUCUGUCCUAACUAGACCAUCCAUCGAUAUGUCAAUCUACUAUGAAUAUGAUGACUAUGAAAUCGUAAGUCAGUGUCCAGUACGACGUGAGAUGAGCUAUCCCUGCCGAGUUGGUACCCAGAACUGACCUACACAUUUGUUAUCAGACUUCGUCGAUUCUUCAACAGAAACCGCAAAGCAAGCCCAACCUGUAAUUAGAAUACUUUUAAAUAAUACUGUAAAAAGAAAU